AUUGCGUUGCGUUGCGCCCACGGUGUUUCUGUCUGCCUGUUUCGGAGGCAGGAAAUGAUGCGCAGUCGCCUCGAUGGCUGAAAUAUACCCUUCUUUGGCGCAAUGCGCGAUCCUCGCCGCCGCCUUCAAAGUGCUCCUAUUCCCCGCAUACAAAUCCACUGAUUUUGAAGUCCAUCGCAAUUGGCUCGCUAUCACUCACUCUCUCCCGGUCAAAGAAUGGUACUACGAGAAAACAUCGGAAUGGACACUUGACUACCCUCCGUUCUUUGCUGCCUUUGAGUGGUUUCUCUCACAGGCUGCAAAGUUGGCGGACCCGGCGAUGUUGGUUGUGAACAAUCUGAAUCACGACUCCUGGCAAACGGUCUACUUUCAGCGGACGACUGUCAUUGUGACGGAGCUGGUUCUGGUCUUUGCGCUGAGCCGGUUCAUUAAAUCUGCACCACAGCAGCAUAAAACUCUCGCACACGUCGCCAGUCUUUCGGUCCUCCUAUCUCCCGGCCUCCUGAUCAUCGACCACAUUCAUUUCCAAUACAAUGGAUUUAUGUACGGAGUUCUUAUUCUCUCCCUUGUGCUUGCCCGGAAACAAUCGACGCUGCUCUACAGCGGUAUUACUUUCGCCAUUCUCUUGUGCUUCAAGCAUAUCUACCUAUACCUGUCGCUAGCCUACUUUGUCUUCUUGUUGCGGAGUUAUUGUUUGGAUCCCAAAUCCAUCCUGAAGCCGCGAUUCGGAAAUAUUUUCAAACUGGGCAUCAGCGUGCUAGGCAUCUUUGGCCUGGCGUUCGGGCCCUUUGCGCACUGGAACCAACUUUUCCAGCUGAAGGAUCGGCUUUUCCCUUUCUCCCGAGGCCUGUGCCAUGCCUACUGGGCGCCGAAUAUUUGGGCCAUGUAUUCCUUUGCAGACAGAGUUUUGAUUCCUUUGGCACCUCGUCUCGGCCUUACUGUCAACCACGAUGCAAUUAACAGCGUCACUCGGGGCCUUGUGGGCGACACCUCAUUUGCUGUCUUGCCGGAGAUUACAAAGGAGCAAACGUUUGCGCUGACAUUCUUGUUUCAACUACUCCCUCUAAUCAAGCUCUGGCUGAAUCCCGAUUCAUGGGAAACAUUUAUUGGCGCUGUGACACUUUGCGGCUAUGCGUCCUUUUUAUUCGGCUGGCAUGUUCAUGAGAAGGCGGUGCUCCUCAUCAUCAUCCCCUUCAGUCUGAUCGCGCUCAAGGACCGACGAUACUUUGGUGCCUUCAGGCCUCUCGUAGUCGCAGGCCACGUCUCGCUCUUCCCCUUGCUCUUCACGGCGGCCGAGUUCCCCAUCAAAACCACCUACACCGUCUUCUGGCUCAUCCUCUUCCUUUUCGCCUUUGACCGCGUCGCCCCCGUCCCCGAACAGCCACGCGUCUUCCUCUUCGACCGCUUUUCCUUAAUAUACAUUACUGUCGCCAUCCCGCUGAUCAUAUACUGUUCCAUCGGUCACCAGCUUAUCUUCGGGCUGGGCAGGUACGAGUUCCUUCCACUCAUGUUCAUGAGCAGUUAUGCUGCUCUGGGAGUGGUAGGGAGCUGGGUUGGGUUCAUGGUUGUAUACUUUACUGCGUGAUAUAGAAUUGCAGAUAUUCUUUUCUUCUAUAUACAUUUUUACCUGUAAUAAUAGUAUUUUUUCCC